UUAGAAGACCCAGACACUAGUGAAAUCAUCGCUCUCGUGGAUUGAAAAAGCCAUCGAAGGUGUAAAGAAGAGCGAGAUAUGUCCUACGUAAGAUUUACCAUACAAUUACAAUGGAGAUUUCAAACACGAGCCUGACAAACAAAGAAGGAACCAAAGACUUCACCGUUUCUGCAGUGGCAGUUGGCUUCACACUUGUCAUAACUUGCAUCUCUCUACUCGGUAAUUCGGCUGUAAUCGCAAUAACAAGGAUGGACAACGAACUUCGGCUUCAAGUUUCCAAUCUGCUAAUAGUAAACUUAGCGGUAACAGAUCUUCUAACAAGUCUCCUGGUGAUGAUUCCUAGCGUAACGGCGCUGUUUUAUGAAAGGUGGAUUCUGGGAGACGCCCUCUGUAAGCUCCACUGUAGCUUCAACUAUUGCUUCAUCAUCGUCUCUAUGUUAAGCCUCUCUUUGAUCACCAUAGAUAGAGGCGUGGCAAUGAAAAACCCCCUUCGAUAUGUCCAAACAAUGACUAACUGUCGUAUCGGACUUAUGAUAAGCUAUGUCUGGAUACACGGUUUAGUGUUUGCUAUUGUUCCUAGUUUAAAUGACUGGGUACAUUUCGACUACUCUGAAGCUGUGUGCACUAUUAAAUGGGAAGUCGAUGUGGGCAUUAUUACUUAUGUAACUGCUGCUUUUAUGUGUUGUUUUAUUUUACCAGCUGGAAUUAUCGUGUUUUACAACUUCUCCAUACUUCGUUCUGCUCUAAAGCUAAAACAUAACGUUAUACAACCGAAACUCUUACAAUCCGAAACGUCAACGAUAGAGAGAAUGUUGGGAACGAGAAAGAUCUCUAGUUCUCAAGGCAGACGACAUUCUACGGGAUUUAUAAACCAGAAAAUCGUCAAGAGCAUUUUAGUGAUUAUACUCGUAUUUUUUGUGUGUAUGACACCGUUCUGUCUGACAAAGCUGUUAAAGGUGCUUGUUGGUGUCCAUGUAGUUCCUCCUUGGCUGAGUUUGUUUUCUACUGCAAUACAAUUCACUGCGUCCGCUACCAACCCCUUCAUCUACGCUGUCUUUCGAAGAGAUUUCCGAGAUGCAUUCAAGCGACUAAUUAGACGUCUGUUUGUGUUCUAACAGGAACCAUCAGUAAAAUCUAUUUGUUAUUGUGAAAAAAAGUAAGAACUUUAUGAC